CCUCCUCCUCCUCCGUCCCCUCCCCAGGCCGGCGGGACGCGGGCAGGAGCCGCGGGCGACGGACGUACCGGCCCGGUUAAUGAGCAGCGGCCGGAAGGGCAGAAGGCAUAUGAAAUCUGCAACACCUCUCCUGCAUUAAUGAGGGUGCAGCACAGGACAAUAAUGAAUUUACAUGUUUGACAGCAGAAGUUGGCUUUCUACUGUAGUGAGAGAAAACAUUUCUGGUUGUUUCAGAGGUGGCAGUGAAGCACACCUUUAGCACAGGAAAAUGAGUGAGCUUGACCAGUUACGCCAGGAGGCUGAGCAACUGAAAAACCAAAUCAGAGAUGCUAGGAAAGCAUGUGCGGAUGCCACCCUGGCUCAGAUCACAGCCAAUAUUGACCCAGUGGGGAGAAUUCAAAUGCGCACUAGAAGAACACUCCGGGGACACCUGGCUAAAAUUUAUGCAAUGCACUGGGGGACCGAUUCCAGGCUUCUAGUUAGUGCCUCCCAGGAUGGCAAACUUAUAAUUUGGGACAGCUAUACUACAAACAAGGUGCAUGCUAUUCCCCUGCGUUCAUCUUGGGUCAUGACUUGUGCAUAUGCUCCUUCUGGAAAUUAUGUGGCUUGUGGUGGUCUUGAUAACAUCUGUUCCAUUUAUAACUUGAAAACUCGUGAAGGGAAUGUACGUGUCAGCCGUGAACUAGCUGGUCACACAGGAUACUUGUCAUGCUGUCGUUUCUUGGAUGAUAAUCAAAUCGUUACCAGCUCUGGUGACACCACUUGCGCACUCUGGGACAUAGAAACUGGUCAGCAGACAACUACAUUUACUGGGCACACUGGAGAUGUCAUGAGUUUGUCUCUUGCUCCUGAUGCCCGGUGUUUUGUUUCUGGUGCCUGUGAUGCCUCUGCCAAACUGUGGGAUGUUAGAGAAGGAAUGUGUCGGCAAACCUUCACUGGCCACGAGUCGGACAUCAAUGCCAUCUGUUUCUUCCCAAAUGGCAAUGCAUUUGCCACAGGCUCGGAUGAUGCUACAUGCAGGCUUUUUGAUCUUCGGGCCGAUCAGGAACUUAUGGUUUAUUCACAUGAUAACAUCAUCUGUGGCAUCACCUCUGUAGCAUUUUCCAAGAGUGGACGUCUCCUCUUAGCUGGUUAUGAUGACUUCAACUGCAAUGUCUGGGACACACUGAAAGCUGAUAGAGCAGGUGUCCUUGCUGGUCAUGAUAACCGUGUCAGUUGCUUAGGUGUGACUGAUGAUGGUAUGGCAGUGGCAACAGGAUCAUGGGACAGCUUCCUCAAGAUCUGGAACUGAAGCAGAAGAGCAGCGGACUCCAUGACUGGAAGAAGUUUCCAACGAUUGAA